AUGUGUGAAAACCGCGCCGCGUCCCGCUCUGCGCCUCGUCAUGUGAAAGGGAGGGAUGUUUCGCGCUCUGGGAUGGGAUCGACGGAUCUGAACCCCCUGCCGCUCGGCAGGAAGUCGCCCCGGAAUCUGGUGCUGUCUUCUGGUUCGUUCGAGCUGAGGAUAAAAAGUUUCACGAACUCGUUGGGUAGGCUAAGUAGUGGGCAGUGCUGUGAUGGUUCCUCGACUAGUGACGCGCCUUGCCUAGCGCCGUGCAGGACUAAAUUCCGCGUGUGCCUCAAGAUCUAUCAAGCAAACAUCGAUACCACUUCGCCGUGCACGUUCGGCGACAUCACUACGCCGGUGCUAGGAGGCAACUCCCUGGAUGUUCCCAACCUUAAUGUGGAAGGGUUCAGCAAUCCCAUCGUGUUCCCCUUCGAUUUCACAUGGCCGCGGGCGCCCGCGCUAGACAGGGACGGAGCGAUAAUGUCAAAGUACACGUCCGCGCGCGCCUCGCACCGGGCAAACUUGCAUUCCGACAGCGGGGCAACAUUUUCAAACUGGGGCCAAUCGUUCACCUGGACAUUCGGA